UUUGUGUUUGUGUCGAAUCUGUCGAUAAGGAAGUCUAAUUACGUCCCCUGACGUCAUUCAUUGUAAAGCUACCAUGGCAGCCACCAAAGCCUCCAAAGAGCAGAAAUACGACCGACAACUCAGACUGUGGGGUGACCAUGGACAAGAAUCCCUGGAGAAUGCACAUGUUUGUCUCAUCAACGCCACAGCAACAGGGACAGAGAUACUGAAGAAUCUGGUGCUUCCAGGCAUUGGAGCGUUCACCAUAGUUGAUGGACACACAGUUUCUGGGGAAGAUGUUGGCAACAACUUUUUCCUUAGCAACAACAGCAUUGGAAAGAACAGAGCACAGGCUGCCACAGAGCUUUUACAAGAACUUAACAGUGAUGUCUCUGGAAACUUUGUCGAGGAGAGUCCAGACAAGCUUCUGGACAACGAUCCUGAGUUUUUCCACAGGUUUACUAUCGUCAUUGGUGUCCAAUUGCCAGAAAGCACAUGUUUGAGGCUCGGCUCUGUGUUGUGGAGCGCCUCUGUUCCCUUCCUGGUCUGUAAAACCUACGGCUUGAUCGGCUACAUGAGACUUGUGGUGCAGGAGCAUACAGUCAUUGAAUCCCACCCGGACAAUGCCUUGGAGGACCUGAGGUUAUACCAGCCUUUUGCUGAAUUCACAAACCACAUUCAGUCCUACGACCUUGACAGUAUGGAGAAGAAGGAUCACAGUCACACACCGUGGAUCAUCAUUGUUGCUAAGCACCUGGAGAAAUGGCUCAGUGAGCACAACUGUCAGCCCCCAAAAACGUACAAAGAGAAAGAGGCCUUCAGACAGCUUAUUCGAGAAGGGGUCCUGAAGAAUGAGAAUGGCGUCCCGGAGGACGAAGAAAACUUUGAAGAAGCUAUUAAGAAUGUCAAUACUGCUUUAAAUCCAACAAAGAUUCCUAGUGCUGUUGAAGACCUCUUCAAUAGUGAGCAGUGUAACAACAUCACAUCACAGACUCCGUCCUUCUGGGUGAUGCUGCGAGCUGUCAAGGAGUUUGUUCUCAAUGAAGGCGAUGGAAGCCUACCUGUGAGGGGAACCAUCCCAGAUAUGAUCGCAGACUCGCAGAAGUUCAUCAACCUUCAAAAUGUUUACAGGGAAAAGGCCAUGCAGGAUGCAGCAACUGUUUCGAAGCAUGUUGAAUGUCUAUUACAGUCUGUUGGAAAGCCAGCAGAGAGCAUCUCUGAAAAGGACAUCAAACUGUUCUGUAAGAAUUCAUCCUUUCUGAGGAUGGUGCGCUGCAGAUCUCUGGAUGAAGAAUAUAGUGUGGAUUCAGUAAAUAAAGAUACAAUCACCUCAAGCAUGGAUAAUCCAGAUAGCGAGAUGGUCUUCUACCUCAUGCUUCGUGCUGUCGAUCGCUUCUAUCAGCAGCACUCCCGUUACCCAGGAGUCUAUAACUACCAGGUGGAGGACGACAUCAGCAAACUGAAGCUCUGUGUGAACAGCCUACUGCAGGAGUACAGCCUCAACGUCAACAUCAAAGACGAUUACAUCCACGAGUUCUGUCGAUAUGGUGCAGCAGAGCCACACACAGUUGCUGCAUUUUUGGGAGGAUCUGCUGCUCAAGAAGCCAUCAAGAUCAUCAGCCACCAGUUUGUGCCCUUCAACAACACUUUCAUUUACAACGCCAUGUCACAGAACUCUGCCACCUUACAAUUGUGAACACAGUGACUGAUCUUCUGUUUACUUAUAAAUAUUAUCAAGAGAAUACAGAGCAAGAUCAAAAGAGACAUUUACCAACUUGCUUCCACAAACCUAAACUGUAAACUGAAAGUAGGAAGAAAUUUUGCAUUUUUAUCUCAUUUUAAUGGAAUAUCUGCCCCAAUGUGUGCACUAAAACUUAAAAAUGCUUCACUUGAAGAAUAUUCAAUGGUCAGGAAUCAUUAAACUAUCGAGCAUUGAGCCUUGGCUGCUCCGUUCGAGUUCUUGAAAGGGGGGAAAAAUAUAGGAACGCACAAGAUUUCUUCAAACAUUUUUUUGUGGCAGACAUCGUUAAACAAAGCUGGAACUUUAACUAACAAAUCCAAUACCUUCAUGUAGUAUUUUCAUCUGUGAAACUCCACAUUUAUGGAUGAUAUAUUACAAUGUAGCAGCACUUUGUAUACUUUAAUCAGAGCUGUCUCUUGUUGUGUUUGGUACAAGGUGGAAUUUCUUUUGGUUAAAUUGAAAUAAAUGAAGAUGCUGUAUGUAGUGUUUAACUCUCAUGCAUUGCUAUAAAAACACUGAAUAUUUAA